AAGUGGGGUGCAGGUGCUGCAAUGCAUGCUCAUUUCCAAUCCAUCCUUUGUCAGCUACAGUAAAAUUCUUCCUGCUGCUCCCUCUUGUCUCUAUCGAUCUCCGUCUCCGAGGAAGACACCUUUACAUGGCUGCACAGGAGUCUUUGGCUAAAGACAGACCAAAGAAGUAUAGAUCACUAUGGAGAAUGACACGAGAGCAGUAUAUUUUAGCAACACAACAGAACAGCCUUCCCAGGACUGAAAAUCCUCAGUUUUACCCAGUAGGGAUUUAUGGAUGGCGAAAGAGGUGCUUAUACUUCUUUGUGCUUCUCCUGUUGGUUACCAUGAUUGUUAACUUAGCAAUGACAAUAUGGAUUUUGAAGGUUAUGAAUUUCACAGUGAGACUGUUGCUGCACUUUGAACAGAACUUCUGGUUUAAUUUCGUCCAAAAGGAAUUCCCUUCACAUGCAGAAAAACUGCCCCACAGUCUGAGCCAACAUGGAGAUGGAAUGGGAAAUUUGAGAGUCACUAAAAAAGGAAUACGACUUGAAGGAAUAUCUGAAUUUCUACUUCCACUAUACGUGAAAGAAAUCAAUUCCCGAAAGGAUAGCCCACUGGUCUUACAGUCUGACAGAAAUGUAACAGUGAAUGCAAGAAAUCACAUGGGACAGUUAACUGGACAACUGACAGUAGGAGCUGAUGCUGUGGAGGCCCAGUGUAAAAGAUUUGAAGUGAGGUCAAGUGAAGGUGGAAGAGUGUUGUUUUCUGCAGAUGAAGAUGAGAUUGUCAUUGGAGCUGACAGACUGAAAGUAACAGGCACGGAAGGGGCAGUGUUUGGGCACUCUGUGGAGACACCCCAUAUCAGAGCAGAACCUUCCCAAGACCUCAAACUUGAAUCUCCUACUAGAUCCUUGGUGAUGGAAGCACCCAGGGGAGUGCAAGUCAAUGCAGCUGCAGGAGACUUAAAGGCCACGUGUAGGAAAGAACUGCACUUGCAGUCUACAGAAGGGGAGAUAUUUUUAAAUGCAGAUACUAUUCGCCUGGGAAAUCUACCAGUGGGCUCCUUUUCCUCCUCUUCACCUAGCUCUUCAGCUACCCGCCAGACUAUCUAUGAGCUCUGCGCCUGCCCCAAUGGUAAACUUUAUCUGUCCCCAGCAGGAGCAGGCUCCACAUGUCAAUCCAGUAGCAACAUCUGCUUGUGGAGCUAGAAGGACUCCAACUUCUCCUCACACCAGAAUAGCCUUUUGUUACUAUCCCUCUGCUUCACAGUUCUGCUCGGUUUCCCUUGUGACCAGUUCGACGCUUCAAAUGGCCUGCAGAGCAACUUCUUCCAGUGUAAGCAGGAAUACAGCGCUGCCUUCUCUUGUGGUUUGUGUUACCACUCAACGUAGAGAUGGGAGUGAGAUAUUCAGAAAUCAAUGUAUUCUUCAUCAGGAAACCUGGAACAUAAUAUCACCUUUUGUCCAAAAGGGAGAAUAACACAGGUGCCUUUGCUACAUGAAGUGAAGCACAUAGUUUUAGAUUUUUGCAGGACCUGGAUAUGAACUGCACAUAUAUAUAUACAGUACAUAAACGAAUUUGCCCAGAAUCUGAUGGUGAAAUGAAUUGGUUACCCCUGUAUGAUAAAUAACUUUACUGUCUGAAAGCACAAUUUUCCAUUCAUCUUUUUGGAUGUAAACUUUUAUCCCUGAAUUUUAAAAUUUUGAAGCAUUGUGUGAUGCUUGCUUUACUAAACAAUUAAAUUCAGUAAAUGUUUUUUUAACACAAAAAGAGACAGAAUCCCUCCGUGAGUUUGGUUUCUUUAAAAGUGUGUUGUUACUCUUUGUCUACUAAGUCUAGGGUUUUGUACACUAGGUAAAUUUUGGAAGUGCUCAGCAAUAUUACCUUUCAGAGUUAAAAAGACACCUGCUCUUGUUUGUCAGAUCUGAAUGGCCUUACAUAUUAAUUUUGUGGCUACUGCAUGUGAAAUGAUUGCUUUCAGUAGAACAUACAGUUUCUGGAAAAGAACAGGGUAAAGAAGGAAAUACUGUUGAUGUGGUUUUUGAUCAGUGUAUUGCUCUUCACAAGGUAAUUAUAAUUGGCAAAUGCAAAAAAAAAAAUCUUCAAAGGUAUCUUUUCCAUUCUCUAGCUAUGUCCAACUGCUGCCGUUUGAACACAGUACAAACAUUAGUACUAAUGCAGUGUGUAAAGCUGAGAAGCAGUGCACUAACAACUGGUACCACAUUCAUAUUCAUUAUUCUCUUUUGUUUACCAUCUGCUGCUAAGGUUUUCAAAGUAAUAGUAAUAAAUAUAUAUAAACACGCAUUAAAUGACAUUCAGUAUUAAAAAGUACGUUGAUAUUAUGUUGACUUCAUCAGGUCUGUGUUUAAAUUAUGCAGCCCCAUUUGCACUCUGAGCUCACUUCUAACUUCCUUUUUUGACAAGUUUUACGUGGGAUUUCUUUCUUGUAUCAAUCUUCAUACUCUUUGGUUUGUUUGGUAAUUGAAAUCUUUGGUAUGCUGCUAGUAAGUUUAUCGCAACAUUGAUUAACAAGAGUAUCUUGAAACUUGCAGAACCCAGGAAUGUAAAACAGUAUAAAAAUGUUUCCCAUUGUGGAAGAUGGCUUGAUUACAUAAGGUAAGUGUGCUUUUUAAUACUAUUCUUUAAAAUACCAUGUAGCUUUAGAGGCUUCUGAAUGUAAGACCAUCAAUGUAAUGACAGGUUUUACAAGGUAACUCUGAAGUCAGGGCAAACAGCGCAAGGUGGGUAUUUCUAUGCAGCUUUUUUUUUUUUCUUUUGAGAAAAAAGAAAAAGAGCAAACAAAUACUGUGAUUACCUUUCUAUUUUAUUACCACCUCAUGAGGUUGAUUUUGUUUUCACUUCAGGUGAAAUUCACUCCUGUGCAGAAGACCAGCACAAGACGUGUCCACGGCUUGACUGGUGCUUGCCUUUCCAUUGGGCCUGUUCAGAGGUGUGAAUUUCACUCUGUAGAAAGAAUGCUCUACUUGCUGUUUUUACCAGACGAUGAUAAUAAUAACAAUAAUAAUUUAAAGUUAUUUCAUCUGUUCAAAAGAAGGCUAUUAGGAAAUAAUUCAUUAUUUAUUUGAGAAUUGUAUUCUUUCACUGGGAAAAACAAAACAAAACAAAAAAAGUAUUAGAAAAUAUUUCAAGAAAAUAUAUUAGACGCCUGGGGAUUCUUAGGAAGAGGAACAGAAACAGAUAGAAAUGACAAUGGGAAAUGACAAUGGUGAUAAUAAGACAUUUGAAAGUGUAUCCAUACAAUAUACCCUUAAAACUAUCAGGAAAUAUAUGCCUCUGGUGUGAGAGCACAAGGAAAAAGGAUCAAUCGUAUUCCAGGAGUACAAUGUAUAGAUCUGUAUGACCAUAUACCUACAUGUAUUCAUUAUCUGUGCACACCUACAGACACUGGUUGCUUCAAAGAUGCACAGAUUGCAAUGACUAAUCUAUUCAGUGACUUACAUUUUGUCUUCCUACAAAUUAUACACAAGUAGACUAAGAUUAUUUUUUUUUUCUCCCCACUAAACCUACAUGAUUUGUCAUGCAUUUUCCAUUGAGCAAUUCUUAUUUGUUUGCUCUUCGCCUUAUAUUAUAACUUACUGUAGUACAGUCAAAAAAUGUUUCAGGCUUCUUUCUGGAUAGACCCAAACUUUAUAAAUUUUCCUCAAUUUUCUACAAAUCAUGUAGAGAAAUAAAACAUAUCUUGUAUAAUAACUCAUGUUAACAACAAGGCUGAAAUAAUUUACUGCUCUGUAUGGGGAAAACUCAGAGCAGAUGUGCAGAUGCAACUUUGGACUUCAGAAAACCAAGCCAGUAAGUCCACAAAGCUCUGCACUGUCAGGAUUUUCUUGCUUGGAAUCAUUGCAGUCUGCUUGGUAGUAUUUAUUAUACCAAUAUUGGUGCCAGUAAAAAUAGAGUGUAUUUAGGAACCUAUGAGAUAGAUAGACAUGUCUACCACGUAAACAGUUCUCAUAAUGUCUAAAUAUUUUGGUGAGUUUCAGAACACCAGUAUUUUACUUUAAAUCUACUGCAAGCUAUAAGAAGGGGAAAAGAAAAACUCAGUUUUCAUUUUAAAGGACAUUUCUAGCCCAUGUGAUUUCCGAGUAUGGGAAAAGUGAUUUCAGUGCAUCUAGAGAACUACAAACAUCAGAACACCAAGUAUCUAUAAGCAGUGUCAUCAUUUCUGAGUGGAAGGAGAAACAGGUCUGGUAUUUUUUAGUGUUUGGAGCUGGCAAUAAUAGAGCUCUUUGAUUCAUAGCAUGGUCCAAAAAGUGACAUAGUCCAACCACAUCAUUUCAGAUGGAAGGAAACUAGAUCUCAGUACAAAUGCCAUGUUAAAACAUGGAGCCAAAACAUAACUAUUUUAGUGCUGGUGUUUUAAUGCUGAGGUUUAAAAUAAAGGCCAUUCUGUGCAGAGCUUUAGGAAAUUUCUGGAUACUUUUUGUCACAUUCCUCAUAGAUUCCUGUCUCCAAAUUAUUUCAGUCUUUGUUGUAUAAUAUCUAACAUUCUGGUUAUGAUUAAGCCCCAGCUGAAGUAUCUCUAAUUAGAGAAAAAUUGGAAAAUUUUGAUCACUUAUUUCAGAAAAGAGAUCUCACUUCUUUUUAUGGCUAAGGUAAGAGUUUCCCCAUUAACAAAUCACUCUGUUAUGACAAUUGUAGAGCAAGAUUGAAGACCUUAAGGUCUUUUUAAGCAUUAAUAUUAGUGCACUUAAAAAACAAAAACAAAAAAAAACAAAAAAAAAACAGUGGCUAAAAAUGUUCCUUUUGAGUCUCUUUUUAGUAUAUGAAUACAUGUAUCAAAUAAAGCUUCUUUUUGUACUCAAAUGUUUGUUUGGGAACCACUAAGAUGAUGAUGCAGAUGUUUGGCUUCUUCAGAGCUAUCUCUAUGCCAACAACAAAAUAUAUGAAAAGACCUUAUUAAAUACAUGUAUUUAAUAUAUACAGUAGAUUUAUGUUCUGUAAAAACUGUCAUGAUAUCCAUGUCAUAGGAUACUGUCUCUUUCUUGUUUAAAAAAGAAAAAUAAAAACAUCAGCCAACCUCUCUGAGCACUGUUAGCUGUAUCGUUUUGUACUGCAGUUCAUUCAUUGGUUAAGUGAUAAGACCAAAGACUGACACUUCUACUUUAUCUAACACUAUGACACUGCUGCUUCUACUAAUUCUGUUGGAAUGAAGAGAUGACAAGUUGUAAUUACAACAUGAAAUUGUAACAUAGUUUAGAUUUGUGCAGCAUUUUGAGCUGUAGAUUGUUCACUUUAUUCCAGGGUUUAAUUUAUUUUUUUUAACUUUUUUGUUUGUUUUUUUUUGGUUUUGUGUAUGUUUGUUUGUCAGCAUGGUGUAAUUAUGUUACUGUUCAUACAUACCAGGAUCUUUCAUUGUUCAUAAAAAAAAGCAGAGCGUGUAUUCCAAAAGGUGCCAAGACAUUGCUUGUUUCAACUGAAGUUAUACUGUUUUGCUUGCAAAACAGUAUCUUGACUGGAUAACACAAUUCACUUAAAAAACAUUUUAGAUACAGAGGGCUAUUAAGUCUGGGUUGAAGAUAGAACUAUACAUGUCUAGAAGAAUUUUACGAAGGAUAUUUAAGAUAUUUGGUUACUAACACCAUGUAUUAUUUGUUGUUUUUUGAUUGUUCUAGAUUCUAAACCACUGUCUAAUUAAAAAAAAAAAAA